AUGAGCACUUGGUUGCUCCUCACACUUCUAUAUUUGCUCAUUUCUGUAAACUUGCAAACCUCCCUUUCAGCAGACACCUUGAAACCCCACCAAAACUUCACUGACGGGCUCACGUUAAUUUCGUCGAACAAAAGAUUUGAAUUUGGGUUCUUCAGUCCUGGUAAUGGUUCCUCCGGAGGUCGCUAUCUGGGAAUUUGGUUUCACAACCUACCGCUUACGGUGGUUUGGGUGGCCAACAGGAACAACCCUGUGCCGGACUCGUUUGGAAAACUAACGUUGAAUGAAAAUGGAGUUUUAAUCCUUUAUAAUCGCUCACUGGGUACUUUGUGGUCGACCAAUAACAUACCCGUUGCUGCGAGAAGUUUCACUCCGGUUCUGCAGUUAUUAGACUCGGGAAACCUUGUAGUUAGAAAUGGCAGAAGCAAUGGCGCUCUAUUCUGGGAAAGCUUCGAUUUUCCUACUGACACCCUUUUACCAGAUUUUAAGCUGGGAUGGAAACUGGAUGUGAGAUUGCACCGGUUCGUUAGGUCGUGGAAGAGCAGUGAAGAUCCUUCAGAUGGUCAGUAUUCGUUUAGCCUGGACCCACCGGAAGCACCGCAGUUGGUUCUACGACAUGGUUCACAGAAACUAUACAGAUGGGGACCGUUUGAUGGGAGCUCGUUUAGUGGCAGCAUCAGGUUGACUGCAAAUCCAUUGUUCCAAGCCAUAUUUGUUUACAAUUCCGUAGAGCUUUACUACAAAUUCAAAAUAUUGGAUGACGCCAUUCUAUCAAGAUUUGUGAUUUCACCCAUGGGUUUACUUGAGUGUUAUACGUGGAGGGUUAAUACAAGUAAAGAUUGGAACCUUCUGAUAACGUUCAACAGUGAACCUUGCGAUAGCUAUAUGAAAUGUGGGCGGUAUGGGAGCUGUUAUUCACUAAGUAGUUGCAAGUGUUUGAGUGGGUUUACACCCGAAUCACCACAGGAUUGGGGAUUAUUUAGUUAUUCAGGUGGUUGUAGGAGGAGACACGAACUGGACUGUAGUCAUCGAGAUGGAUUUGUGAAGUACGACGGAUUGAAGUUACCAGAUGAUCCAACUGUUUGGGCAAAUUACACAGAUGAUGAAUGUAAAGCCAAGUGUUUGAAAAAUUGUAGCUGUAUGGCUUAUGCUAAUCUUAAUGUUUAUGGAAAUGGCAGUCGAUGCGUGGUUUGGAUCGGUGAUUUGGUUGAUUUGAAGAACCUCCCUGGUGGUGGGGAGCAGAUCUACAUACGGAUGGCACAUGCUGAAUUACAGUCCAUUGCUGAUGCUAAGAGGAAACGAAUAACAGUCAAGAUUGUCUCCGUGGCAACCGUUAUUGGAGUACUGCUUCUAUCUAUUGGUACCAUAUGGUACAUCAGUUGGAUAAUGAGGGAAAAAAGAAAAGACCAAAUAGGACGUAGCUCUAAAGCUCAACAUAGUGGGAGUUUCCAACAAAUGGAAGAAACUCAAGAUGAAGGCUUUCAACUACCUCUAUUUGAUCUUGAUACCAUAUUUCUUGCCUGCAACAAUUUUUCUGAAAGAAACAAGAUUGGACAAGGCGGUUUCGGUUCUGUCUAUAAGGGUGAAUUAUCGAAUGGACAAGAGAUAGCGGUUAAGAGGCUUUUAGAGAAGUCGAUACAAGGCGUUGAAGAGUUGAAGAACGAGAUUACUUUGAUUGCAAAGUUACAACAUCGCAACCUGGUCAAGCUCUUGGGUUGCUGCAUUGAAGGGGAUGAAACAAUGCUAGUCUAUGAGUAUUUGCCUAAUAAAAGCUUAAACAACUUCAUCUAUGAUAAACCAACGCGGAAACUAUUGACCUGGAGAAAGCGCUACCACAUCAUUAAGGGUGUUGCACGAGGUUUGCUUUAUCUUCAUCAAGAUUCGAGGUUGAGAAUCAUCCACAGAGAUCUAAAAACUAGUAACAUCUUACUAGACAGUGAGUUGAACCCGAAAAUUUCAGAUUUUGGCAUCGCUCGUAUAUUUGGAACAGAUCAAAUACAAGAAAUGACCAAGAGAAUAAUAGGGACCUACGGUUAUAUGUCUCCAGAAUACGCAAUGAAUGGUCAUUAUUCGGUGAAAUCAGAUGUUUACAGCUUUGGUGUUAUAGUGCUGGAAAUUUUAAGCGGCCAGAAGAAUUGGGCAUUUCAUCAUCCUGAUCAUGAUCUUAACCUUUUAGGACAUGCAUGGAUGCUUUGGAACAGAAGAGUUCCCCUAGAGAUACUAGACCCAAAUCUAGUACAAGAGUCAUCCGACGGAAAUCAAGUUAUAAGAUGUAUUCAAGUAGCCCUUUUGUGUGUGCAACAAUAUCCCGAAGAUCGGCCAAAAAUGUCUACAGUAUAUUCCAUGUUAAGUUAUGAGAAAAUGGAGCUACCUGAACCUAAAGAACCAGGUUUUUGCAGAGAAAGUUAUACAAAGAAGUUUGAUACAUCGGCUAGUGACUCGAGUACAUUUAAUGAAGUUACUAUGACGACGUUGGGUGGGCGUUGAACGUGUCGUGUGUGUGCAUGUGUGGCUAUCGAUCUUGUGUUGUUUCUAACUUGUGCAAUCAUUUCUAGGUUUGAAGUUCAAUAUGUUGUUCCAUACUUCAUGUGGUGGUAUAGUACCAUAUUUAUAGGACAUCCUGAUGAUUCUUACUUAAAC